UUUUCAAAUUGUAUAACAGGACACAUAUCUUCAGGUUUUAAAGGUUACAUAGUAGUUAUUUUGCAUUGCUCAUCUAUUCUGCUUUAACUUGUUUCUACAAUUAAUUUUACAUGUUUUCUCAAGUGGGUAAUGACUCAAAUUAUUUGAUGAGAAACCAAGAAAAAAAACUCUAAGUGCAGAUUCGAAUCACUACUUGAUGGCCCGUAAGGUGGAAGCAAAAGGGGGAAAGGGAGGGAAUCAAUGGGAUGAUGGAGCCGAUUAUGAAAACGUAACAAAGAUACAUGUACGAGUAGGAAUUCAAUUCAUCAAGUUUGAGUAUAUCAAGGCCGGAAAAACAACUGUUGGACCAAUCCAUGGUGUCUCGGGUAAAGGUUUCACACAAACGUUUGAGUUGAACCAUCUCAACCAGGAACAUCUGAUGUCUGCUAAGGGUUGCUACGAUAACACAUCCGGUAUUAUUCAAGCACUUCAAUUCGAAACCAACCUGAGGAGUUCUGAAGUAAUGGGAUAUGAUGAGAAUGGCACUAAGUUUAUACUUGAAGUCGGUGGGAACAAAAUCAUUGGGUUCCAUGGAUCUGUUGAGACAAACCUAAAAUCUCUUGGAGCUUAUUUCACAACACUUGCUCGUAUUAAACUAGGAUGCCCAGGUGGUUCUGGAGGCAACCCAUGGGACCAUGGUAUAUACACUGGUGUAAGAAAGGUGUAUAUAUGUUACAUAUAAUCCCCCUCGGAUAGCUCCUAUCAUGGUCGAUUAUGACAAAGAUGGC